ACUUUCGACUUAGCAUGUUUUGCAAUUUUGUUAUAUUUUACGAAACAUAAGAUGCGCGUUACGUCAAAGGGAAAUAACAGGAGUCUCUAUUCAUGGUAUUCCGCUUUCGUAAAGAAAGUAGAGCAACGAUAAACCUCAAAACAGACUAAAUUAUGCGUCGGUAUGCAUCCUUGCAUAUUCUCGUCAUCGCAAAUUUUCUUGCUCUACCUUGUCUUAGUUAUUUUGGGGAGUACAAAGUGCUGAUAUCACAUAGCCACGGAAGCGAAAUUGGAGAGGAAACAGCUUUCGAAGCCGAAGUUGUGCUGAAACCCAAAGCAAAUAGUAGAGACUUGGGACAAACUGAAAAUAUAAUAUACGAAUUCUCGUGGAAAGUUGCCGAUCUGGAAUGGAUCAGACCGAACCAAACAACGCACAGAUGGAAUAGCUUUCGAUGGCGAUGGUUUAGCGAAGGACAGAAAACGGUUUUUGUUUUUGUGAGGAUUAUUGUUGGAACUGAGUAUAACAGUCGUAAUUCCAGCAAACGAAAGCAGUCACAAAGUGGGCACACUGAGUAUUAUGCCAGGAACCAUACACAGAUUACAGUUCAUGGAACUGAAGAAAAGAUAUCUGCAUCUUUGGAGGCUUAUCAGAAUUCUUCCCAAGACAUAGAUCAAUUCAUCGCAGGAACAGUUAACCUUGCUGUCAUAAUCAAUAGUCCCAAUAGAUAUGUCAAUUUAUCAUAUGACUGGUACUUUGGUGAUGGAACUCAACUGUUAAAUUCAUGUCAAAGUCAAUUGAGUCACAAUUUUACCACUGUGAGAAGUUGUACAGUGAAAGUUGUUAUCUAUGGAUUUUAUGGGGGAAAACGCUGCAAAGGAGUUGCUUUUAAAAAUCUUCAAUUUACAGCAAAUGUUAAAGCAUACCUGGUGAUCGAUUGUUUACCUGGUCCAAAGUUGCCGUCAGACGAGGAAAAAAUUGCAAUAAACAUUCCUGCUAGGUUUGAGGUGAAAUUCAAGGAUCCAUUCAAAGCAGUCACAAAUGUAUCCAUUGAUUGGAAGUUUGGAGAUGGUUCUAUAAAGAAAGGGAGCAAUAGCUGUGUAAUAUUUCACACAUACAAGAAAGAGAAAAAAUAUCUUGUGUGGGUGACUGUCAGGGUCGAAACCAGGUACUAUAUUGCAACCGAGACCUACCUUAUCUCCAAGAAUGUUUUUGUGAAAGCACCUGUAUCUCUUAAAGUGCGACAUAAAAAUGUUACUAAAGGUAAACCAGUGGCUUUUCACAUCUCUUGCAAUGGAAGCCUGCCAGUGUCUUUUCGUUGGUGUGUUUCAAGACAUUGCAGCAAAAUCCAGGGAAGCGACUGCAGUCCCUCUCUGGAACAUAAUAAUUCCUGCUAUUUGAUUGUGAAUCAUACAUUCCGCAAUUCUGGAAACUUCUGUGUCAUUGUUGGAGUGAUGAAUGGUGUCAGUAAUACUAACACAUCUCUUAUACUACAAAUCCCUGAAAGUCUUCAUUCUAUAAAACCAGCCCAAAAGAGGAGCAAAAACAAGGCAGCAAAAGGAGCUAUCAUUGCUAUCUUUGUCAUAUGCCUUUUGAUAGGUGUUAUUGUAAUUAUUGUUGUACGAAAAUUGUAUUAUAGGAAAAGAGAAAAGAUAGAAAAGGCAAACUUUGAUUUUAGAGACAGUGAUGACAUAAGUUUGUCCUCUCUACGAUUGUUUGAAAGACCUUCUUGUUUUCCCUGGUGUGGGAACAGAACUUCAUGUGGUGCAGAAUGUGUACCUCUCUGUGACCAUGCUGCUGGUAGAAAACUUUACACGCUAUAAUCUUUUCAGUGAAUUGGAGUAUUUUCCCUGUGAGUGAAGAACCCAAGAAUUUAGAGAAAAGAAGAUUCUACUGUGAGGGUGUGGAAAAUGUAUUUCUCACAGAAUGGGUUAAUAAAAGGAAAUUGCAUGAACAUAAUAUUACAUACCUCAUUCAUCUCAAUCAAUCUUUCCAAAAUUGUUUCUUAAUGGAGAUUAUUUUUGUGAUUGUUUUGUUUUGGUUUAUAGUACAAAGAAUUAUACCAAAUUGUCUAAAUUGAAUUAAUAUUAAGAUUUUUGUGUUAAUUUGUUGCCCAUUUCAUAGGUCAAUGUUAACACUAAUAUGUGUAUAUAAUUUAUGUUGGAUAUUAAGUAUAAUAAAAAAUUAUUGGAUGAGGUUUUUGCGAUAUCCAGAAUAGGCAAAGUCAAAAUAGGGGUUAUCAGCCAAAGGCUGAGGCUGAUAACCCUUGCUGAGACCUUGAUUAUUCUGGAUAUCAAUAAAACUGAAUCUAAUAAUUGUUUCAUCUUACAAUGAAUGAAAAAAAAAAUGAUCACAACAGGAAAUGGAACUGAUAAUUUAUUUCUUCACAUGUAAAAAUUUACAAAUCAGCACGCAACACAAAGCGUGUAAACUUGACAUGAUUAGCCUUAGAAAUCAUGCACUGCAGCCAUACAUGACAUGAUUACCCAUGACCUUUGUAUUGGAUAAUCUGCAGCUAGAUGACAUCCCAGUUGCUGAUUUUAAAAUUCACUGUACACUUCAGCCAAUCAGAAAAGAGAUAGUGAGUUGAAUGAAAAUAAUAAUAUUUAAUAUUCUAUUUUGACUAAAGCCAGAGCAAGGUAGUCUGAGUAGAGCGAAAACUUUUAAAGAAAAGAGAUCAUUAUACACAAAAAUUAUGUAAUGUAAUGUUAUAAAAUCUUGAAUUUGAUGUAACAACAAAGUUUAGAGUGCUAUUAAAACAUUGCAAAUCACAUUUUAUAGUGUAGAGGAAGAACAAAUAAAAAAG